AUGGACCCCAGCUUAUACAAGGACUUCAAAACCUCGAGGGGGUUUAAUUACCACUACCUCGCCGUCGCACCAACACAAGAUCUCCCAUAUCUUCUCUUCGUGCAUGGAUUCCCGUCGACAUCGUACGACUGGCGACAUCAAGUAGCUUACUUCAAGAACCUGGGAUACGGCUUGAUCGUCCCCGACAUGCUGGGUUAUGGAGGAACCUCCAUCCCCACCGAUCCUGAGGUAUACAGAAAGUCCCUCAUCUGCAAGGAUAUCAUCGAAGUACUCGACGCAGAGGGUAUCAAGCAAUGCAUUGUCGUCGGUCAUGAUUGGGGUUCGAUACUUACAGCUAGGUUGGCUGAUCUGUACGAAGACCGGUUCCUUGCCUUUGCCUUCAUCGGUGGGGGAUAUACAGGCCCUCGCACUGAGUUCAAUAUGGAACAAGCGCUGGCACUCACCAAGAAAUUGGUGGGAUAUGAGCUGAUUGGUUACUGGAAGUUCUUCUCAGAACCAGAUGCUCCCGAGCUUAUUGAGAAGAAUUUCGACUCGUUCUUCAGCAUGGUGUACGCAGAGGAUGCUGCCUUGUGGAAGACUGAUUUGGCGCCAACAGGCACUCUUCGUGCUUGGCUCGAGUCCGGAAAGACUACCGCUGUUGGCUCGUGGAUUAGUGAAGAGGAACGGCGAUUUCACACCAAGGAGCUUCUCGAGGGCGGGAUCGCCGGGCCUCUAUGCUGGUACAAGGUUUUGUUGAGCGGAUCCUCGAGCGACGACGACAAAGGUGUACCCGUUCGGUCCCCUGCGAUCUCGAAGCCUGUUUUCCUUGCCGCGGCAAACAGAGAUGUAGUUGCCAUCGCUAAGCUGCAGAUACACGGCACAACGCAAGCUUGCCCGAACCUCACAGUCCGUGAAUUCGACGCGGGGCAUUGGCUGCAUUUGGAAAAGAAAGACGAGGUAAACCACGAGCUUGGAGCGUGGCUCGAUACCGUCCUGGCCUCAGCGUCUGAAUAG